AUGUCGGUCCUACAUAUCGUCCAAUUUCAAUUCAAGUCCUCAGUGAGCGAGGCUACGAUUCAAGAUACCUGCAAUCGUAUGCUAUCCCUGAAAGACAGUUGUAUCCAUCCUGACACAAAAGCGCCAUACAUUGUGUCGUCGAAAGGUGGUCGAGAAUGCUCGAUAGAGGGCAUGCAGGAUGGCAUCACUCAUGUUUUCGUCGUUGAGUUCGAGUCAACCGCCCACCGGGACUACUAUGCUAAGGAAGAUGCUGGCCAUCUCGCGUUCGGGGCAUCACUUGGACCCCUUCUGGACAAAGCGCAGGUUGUCGACUUUGAACCAGGUAAAUUUACCAAGCAGUAG